AUGUUACUAACCAACCAGGAGGAGAACAGAAAGAAAGCACUCGAAAGGCUCAAACUAAGGCGUGGAGGAGCAAAUGAGUCAGCAUCUUCAUCCAAGCCAGUCAGUGGAAACGCCACUAGAAAUUCAGGGUCGAAUGACAGUCUAGCGUCCACUAGAAACAUGCCAUUACGUGCACCAGAUCAUGGGCUGAUGCUUCCCCAAGCUGAGCGGGUCAUUCCAUCGCUACCACGAGUGGAACUUACCCAAGAACAGAAAGACAGAAUAGCCAGAAACAGAGAGGAGGCCAUUAAGCGCAGCCAACGGAAUCGCCGCGAUGCAUCAGUAAAUGACACGUCUGUUGCCCCAGUUACUGAAAGAGAUCGCAAAAGAUUCAAAAUGGAGCAGAGACCUUCCAUCCAGAAGAAAGACUACAUUGAGUACGAUUUCUCAACGAUGAAAGAUAGCAGAGGUGGCUUUUUGGAUGAGAAAGACAACUUUGGCCUCCGUGGCGAGGAAGAGGAACCGCAGUCGCUCCAGGAGUGGAAGGAAAGGCAGAAACAGGAGCAUCUUGUCAAGGAUUUGGCUCCUCCUCUAGACUUGGAGAACGCACCCAAAUGUUUCGAAUGUAAUUCGUUGGAAAUUGACCCAAACAUGUUCACCAAUUUCAAGGUACGUGUAUGUCGGAGAUGUAUCAAGGAGAAACAGGAUAAAUACUCGUUGUUAACCAAGACCGAAUGUCGUGAAGACUAUCUACUUACGGAACCCGAGCUUCGAGACACAUCAAUUCUCAAUAGAAUCGAGAAGCCCAAUCCCCAUGGAUUUCUGCGAAUGCAAUUGUUUCUACGGUUCCAGGUAGAGGAAUUCGCUUGGAAGAAGUGGGGGUCACCAGAGGGACUUGAUGCUGAGUGGGAACGUCGUGAACGGACGAGGCUUGAAAGACGUGACAAGCGAUACCAGGAUAAGUUGAAGGAAAUGAGAAAGAAGACACGUGCCGAGGAAUAUACACGGAAACUCCGAGACGGAAAGUCGUUGGGAGAACGACAUGUACAUGAAUGGUCUGCACCGUUGUCUAUCGGAGAGAAGUUGGUGAAGAGGCGAUGUGUGGAUUGUGGGCUCGAGACAGAGGAGGUUAUUAUAUAG